CUAAGCACUCCAAGAUCAAAUUCGCUUUUGCGCUUAGAUGAUCCGUCAUCUAAUUUUCGUACUUGAAUAAAACAUGUGAAAUAAACUUAUAAAUUAGAACGAAAUAAGAAUAAAAAACCAAAUUAGAUAAUAUAAUUUUUCGUCUUGUAUUUUGGUUCUUUUAACUUAUUCUUGCUACGUGUUCUAACUCUUCCGAUAUUUGUUGAUAAAACAACAAAGAGUUAUUGCUAAAAUCAAGUUUAUUUCACAUAUUUUUCAAAAUUAAAUUGGUGAAACAAUAUAUUUUAUAUUCAUUUACUCGGGAUAUCAAUAUUAGAAUUAUAAAAAAGAUCUAGAAAUUGUUUCAAAAUUAUAAUGAAAAUAAUCUCGUUGGUGUAAAAAUGACUCUACUUCAUAUGCACUGUCAAAGUAUGGGGAAUAUUUCAAACGAAAUUUUUUAAAUGAAAUAUUCACAAAAAUUGGUUAUUUUGGUGUUUUUAAUAUUACCAUUUUAGCAUGUUGCUUCAAACGACGUUUCGUUGAAAAUGUUUCUGCUUACAAUCUUCAAACAACGUUAUAUUAUUUCUUUACAUGUAAAUCGCGUUGACAAGGCUAUUCCGGCCAGAAGGUAGUUCCCAAUGCGGUUGUGUGUGAAUUUGGUUACAUAUGACAAAUGCGGUCACGAGUGGCCUUUCAUUCAUAACAUCACAUUCGUGAUAAAUCUUCUGACUGGAUCGUCUCGGUCAUUUUUUUAUUUUCUUCAAUAUGUUUCUACAUUCCGAAUGGCAUUGUGUUUAGAUUACGUCGCACACUCCAACCUUUCCGUACUUUAUUGAAAUUAUAUAUUUGGAACUUUUAUGCCCGGUGAAGCGUUUUCAUCUGAUAAUCCUAAUGGUUUUAUUCCCAACAUAUCAUAAAAUGUAAUAUGUCAUUAUGUGAAUGCUGAAAAAUAAAGUGGCGAUAUCCCACAUUCCCUUUCAAACAACGUCGUCAGCUAUAUUUAACGAAGUAUUGUGAUGUAUUAGUAACAGCUACUACAUAUUGUGAUGGAAUUUAAUACGACGAUUUUCAAUUGUGUUGUCAUUGUGACGUUAUUUUGCACAGCAUUUUGUUUGAAACAUUUUCUUUUAUUCUCACCCCGCCCCGUGGUCACCAUUGUUUAUAUAUCAAUUAUUUAGUUGUGUGCUGGUUCUUACCUGUACUGUAUUUGUUUUAGCUGUCACAGGUUAAAUCCUUAGUUAUUCUAACUUAACUGUAAAUCUAAACCCAAACUAUCAAAAUGUGUGACGAAGAUGUUGCUGCUCUUGUUGUCGAUAAUGGUUCCGGAAUGUGCAAAGCCGGAUUUGCCGGGGAUGACGCCCCACGUGCAGUGUUCCCAUCUAUUGUUGGAAGGCCAAGACAUCAGGGUGUCAUGGUAGGAAUGGGACAGAAAGAUUCCUACGUCGGAGAUGAAGCUCAAAGCAAGAGAGGAAUUCUGACCCUUAAAUAUCCAAUCGAACACGGAAUCGUCACAAACUGGGAUGAUAUGGAGAAAAUCUGGCAUCACACAUUCUACAAUGAAUUGAGAGUUGCUCCAGAAGAACAUCCCGUACUUCUCACUGAGGCCCCACUCAACCCCAAGGCCAACAGAGAGAAGAUGACCCAGAUCAUGUUCGAAACUUUCAACACUCCAGCAAUGUACGUUGCAAUCCAGGCCGUACUUUCCCUCUACGCAUCUGGACGUACUACCGGUAUCGUCUUCGACAGCGGUGAUGGUGUCUCCCACACUGUCCCCAUCUACGAGGGUUACGCACUCCCUCACGCCAUCUUGCGUUUGGAUUUGGCUGGACGUGACUUGACCGAUUAUUUGAUGAAGAUUCUCACAGAAAGAGGAUACUCCUUCACCACAACUGCUGAACGUGAAAUUGUUCGUGAUAUCAAAGAGAAACUCUGCUACGUUGCCCUUGAUUUCGAUCAAGAGAUGGAAACAGCAUCUACCAGUAGCUCGUUGGAAAAAUCUUACGAACUUCCUGACGGACAGGUUAUCACCGUCGGAAACGAACGAUUCCGUUGUCCCGAAACCUUGUUCCAACCAUCAUUCAUUGGAAUGGAAUCUGCUGGAAUUCAUGAAACCACAUACAAUUCAAUCAUGAAAUGUGACGUCGACAUUCGUAAAGAUUUGUACGCCAACACUGUCUUGUCUGGAGGUUCCACCAUGUACCCCGGAAUCGCCGACCGUAUGCAAAAGGAGAUCAGCGCACUCGCUCCACCAACAAUGAAGAUCAAAAUCAUCGCCCCACCUGAGCGUAAAUAUUCUGUCUGGAUCGGAGGUUCCAUUCUCGCCUCUCUUUCCACUUUCCAACAAAUGUGGAUCUCCAAACAGGAAUACGAUGAAUCCGGCCCUUCCAUUGUCCACAGAAAAUGCUUCUAAUUUAACAAUUAUGUGUGCGUUCGCGCUUUUACUAGUCCCCCGUCACCGUCCAGGAGUUAAUUUACAUAAUGCUACAUCAUUCAGUCUAAGAGUAACUUGUUUGAAUACGAUUUUUUGUGUUUUUUAGUUAUUUUCUAGGUUAGAGUGGUGCAGUAUUGUGUCAUAGCCAUAGGAGAUUAAAAUAACCCGAUUUCUUCAAAUUAAAGCAUACUAUCUUCAGUAUAUAGAUAUUUCUUUAGAACAUUUUAUCGUUAUUGUUACUUGAUAAUGAAAUGUACAAUUCUAUUGUUAUGUCACGUUUGUGAUAUUUCCAAUUAUUAUGCAAUCAUAAUAAUCAAAACAAUAUAUCUGGAGAAUUAAACACUACAUUGUGGCACUUACAAAUAACAUUCCAAUUUCAUCAUAACCGUUUUUUACUUUCCGUAUAUUUAAAUGGAUUCAAAUUCGAAGAGAAAUAAAAAAGUUAUUAACAGAA